UGAGGCAUUUGCUCAUUUACUUGGGUGUGGAGCUUUGAUGGUGAAGGGGACGGCUGGUUUGUAGAACUGGUUUGUAGGCUACACUGUUGGUGAAAGUCAGUACGAAAACAGCCUCCAGUCUUUCCUUCGCCUCCGUUUCACCUACCCCAGUGUUUUGCUCGUCUUGCACGUGAUUCUCCCAGAAUUUAACCCCGAGACACCUUCAAGAUGUUUCUGGCCAAAAAACUCAUUGGUGGGAUCAUUGACGUUGUAAGCAAUAUCGACCCUGGCCAGUUUGUGCCCUCUGACCCUCCCCCUGCCCGCAGGCCUCUGGCGUACGCUGAGAAGCAUGAGAAUGAUGAGGAGAAGCAGUUCCGCAAGGUUUUCCAGCAGCUCGCUGGGGAUGACAUGGAAGUGAGUCCCAAUGAGCUGAUGAACAUCCUCAACAAAAUCAUUUCCAGACAUGGUGAUCUGAAGACAGACGGGUUCAGCAUUGAAUCCUGCAGGAGCAUGGUGGCAGUCAUGGAUAGUGACAGCACUGGCAAGUUGGGCUUCCAUGAGUUCAAAUAUCUGUGGAACAACAUCAAGAAAUGGCAGGGCAUCUACAAGCAGUUCGAUGCUGACCGCUCUGGUCUCAUUGGUGCCGAGGAGCUCCCCGGUGCCUUCACCGCUGCAGGUUUUCCCCUCAAUGACCAGCUGUUCCAGAUGAUCGUUCGAAGGUACAGCGAUGAGAACGGCAACAUGGACUUCGACAACUACAUCGGCUGCCUGGUUCGCCUGGACGCCAUGUGCCGUGCAUUUAAGACUCUCGACAAGGACAACAAUGGAACCAUCAAAGUGAACAUCCAGGAGUGGCUGCAGUUGACCAUGUACUCCUGAACAAAGGAAAAGCCUUCAGAAUAACUUCUGUUUUUGUGGCACACUUUGGCCCCUUUACACCCAGCUUAACACUGCACUAGUGUCCUUUGCAUGUCUAAAUCUUCCAUUGAGGAUAAUCCUGUCAGACUUUUCACAUUUACCAAAUUUCCCCAUGGCCUUUUGGGCAUUUGACACAGUUAGAAAAUUUUUAAAACAUAUAGUUGCCAAAUGUGUAACCACGUUGCCAUUUUACUACUUUCUUUGCUGCCUGCAUUCCUAGCUGCAGACUGCAUCAAUAGCCAUAUUAAAUGCAGUAGCCAAAUGGCGUGUUGGCCAACAGAUACAGUUGUAGUUCCACCACUUGGUGGCAGUGUUGCAACAAUUGGAAGAGCUUUUGCAUUGGAAGACAAGGGUGUUUCCAAAUGUUACAUUGUUGUCUUUGAUCUAAGUCCUCCCAGAAGUUUGUAAUUCUGAUGACAAAGUUUUGGGUAAAAGGGGUAUUUGAUUAAAAGAAUAGUUACCAUUAA